UGUGUGUGUGUGUGUGUGUGUGUGUGUGUGUGUGUGUGUGUGUGUGUGUGUGUGUGUGUGUGUGUGUGUGUGUGUGUGUUGUACUUGUUCAGGUCUGCAGUAGAAGCAGCUGUCUGUCCCUCUCAGCUGUCUGAAGGCAAAGUCCAGCGUCUCCCUGUACGUGGCAAAGACAGACCGGCUGACUGUGUCUCACCACUCCCACAGAGACAGACAGACAGACAGAGAGACAGGUCAGCGGAGGUGUGUGCGGGACUGAGGUGGACCGUGACCCGGCUGUGUGCCCUGGCCAUGCGGGGGAGAGGAUGGGGGAAGAGCCAAGAGUUUCUCCGCUCAAGAACUUCGUGGCUGGAGGAGUCGCAGGAGCCUGUCUGCUGCUGGCGGGACACCCGCUGGACACCAUCAAGGUGAGACUACAGACACAGCCCAAAGCCUCCUGCGCUCAGUAUGUGCUGUACACAGGAACGUAUGACUGCUUCCGCAAGACUGUAUCCAAAGAGGGUAUCCUCGGCCUCUAUAAAGGUAUGGGGGCUCCCCUGGCGGGCGUGGCUCCGAUGAUGGCCAUCAGCUUCUUUGGGUUUGGCCUGGGUAAACAGCUCCAACAGACAGACCCUCACAAACCCCUAACGCACACUCAGAUAUUCCUGUCUGGCUGUCUGGCAGGCGUCUUCACGACAGUGAUUGUGGCUCCAGGAGAAAGAAUCAAAUGUUUACUGCAGGUGCAGGCCAGCAGUGGACAUUCGAAGUAUGCAGGUCCUCUGGACUGUGCAGUGCGGCUCUAUAAGGCACAGGGGAUCCGCAGUGUCUACAAAGGGACUGUUCUUACUCUAAUCAGAGACGUGCCUUCUAAUGGUCUCUACUUCCUGACAUACGAAUACCUCAAAAACCUCCUCACACCUGAGGGUCAAAGUGUUUCUCAGCUCAGCACUCCCAAGAUCCUCCUGGCUGGUGGCAUCGCUGGGAUAUUAAACUGGACGAUCGCUCUUCCUCCAGAUGUCCUCAAAUCCAACUUCCAGACAGCUGCAGACGGGAAGUACAGAGGUCUGGUUGACGUCCUGAGAACACUGCUCAGAGAAGAAGGACCUAAAGCCCUCUAUAAGGGAUUCAAUGCUGUCUUUCUGAGAGCCUUCCCUGCUAACGCGGCCUGUUUUUUGGGGUUCGAGGUGGCAUUAAAGGGACUGAACGCGCUUGCACCCAGCUGGUGAAAUACAGUAAAUCAGUCUGUCAUGAAUGAGAGACUGUAACUGGUCACCAGUCUGAACCAGCCGCUCCAGUUUCUCUGCACCACAGAGAGUCACAGUGCACUGUGUUGAAAUGUCAUAAAUUAUUUUAGUGUUAAAUACAAUUUUACAUUUAAUUGUACAAAUCAUUUUUUGGGGGAUUUUUGUCCUUUGUAAUCAAGAUUUUACACUCACUUUUUGUGAGCAAAGGUACAACAGAAACGCACACUUAUGAAUGUAUAAUUUUGAGAUAUAUAUCAUUUUAUAUACAGUAUUCGGUGAGUGAUCUGAGCUUUUUCUCACAUUUUAAGUGUUUACAAACUGUUUGUGAUGUUUGUAAAAUGUCAGAUAAUAAAUUUGGUACCAUUCGCUUCAGAAUGGGUUUACGUAUGUUUUUAAA